CCGGAAACGAUCACCACCUCAUCUCCACACCACUGACAGGAAAUACGAGACCCUCUCCAUAUCUAGUAGUCACGCCUAAAAAGUAAAACCCAUUUUGCUGUGGCUCCUGAACUCUGUCUGGAAUUAUAAAUCCCCACGGCCACUGCCUCCCGGUCUCGAUUGAUCUUCGCUUCUUUCGCUCUUUGCUGCCAAACUUUCCUUCUGUCUGUCGUUACUGUCUGUGUCUGUUUGUCCUCACCAUGGGCUUCAAACACCUCUUUCUGGCUGCUAACGCCCUCUCUCUCACCCCCCUGGCUUCGGCUUGGACUUUCGUUUGGGCGAAUAGCACCGAUUCAUCAACGAUUGAGACGGCGUCGACGUCGCAGAAAUGUAAACAGAUUUAUCUGGAAGAAGGGUCUCCUUUCAGUUGGAAUCCUGAUGGGAGUGCCUGGUGUAUUGGGCUGUGGAAGGACAAUGGAUGCUCGCAACGGGGUGGUUUAUCCUGCGACAGCAAUGAAUGGGGGCACAAUGCCACCCAGAGUAUCGGUUCUUUCAAUGUGUAUAAGAAGUCGUCGACUGCUUCUACCACUUCUUCAUCUUCCACUUCCACGUCGACUUCCACUUCGACCUCGACUUCAGUAUCAUCGCCAUCAUCAUCGCCUGUCGUUGCAGAUGCUGCAGAUCCUGCAUCCACAGACUCAUCCCCAAAACACGGCCCACCACUCUCCCCCGGCGCCACAGCCGGCAUCGUCGUCGGCAUCGUCGCCGGCGUCGCCAUAAUCGCAGCCCUCUUCUUCAUCUGGGGCCGACGACGCCGCAACCCAGAAUCUGCCCCUCUGGCAUCAUCACCACCACCAUCAUCCCACCAACAAGACCCGCCCGCAUAUACAAACUCCAUCCCCGAAGCACCAGACACCACCGUCAACAAUGCGCCUGCAGCCGUGUAUAAGCCGGUCCCGAUUCAAGGCGAGAAGAUGAGUACGUUCCUGGCAGAAUCGGCUGGGAUGGACGGGCAGAAGAAGCCUGCUGUGCCGCCGGCAGAGUUGGCGGCGGAUUUGGGGAUGGUCGAGUUGGGGGAUACGAGUUUGGGGAGGAGGAAUUGAUUUAUUUGUAUCUUGAUAUCCAUUUACUUAAUUUACAUUGUUUUGUUGAUAAUGCGAUUGUAUGUCCGAAUGCGGAAAUGGACCCGAUGAUGACAGUAUACGUCAUCCAUAAUGAACACAGAAUGCCAUCAUUUCUUAUAUUUAUAUGCCAAUACAUUUGUCCAGGUA